AGUUUGAUUCGUUAAUUUUGUUUUGUUCCCUACUGCCCUACUCUGCACUGCAGUUGGCACCAAUGGCUAUUAGUAGAAGGAAAGAUGGCUUCUCGCCUGAAUGUCGUCAGAUUGCGAAAUCUAUUUCCAUGUUUUGGUGUUCAACUCAACUCACAGAAUGUAUGGAAUGUACGAGACCUUCAUAUUGUUGCUGCUCGUGGGUUAAAACCUAGCAUCAAACCUCAAGCCUACGAUUUACUGCAACCACGAUAUGGCAUUCUUGAGGCUCGGCGCUCAAUGUUUAUCCAAACUCAAGAUACUCCAAAUCCUAAUAGUUUAAAAUUUUUACCUGGUAUUGAGGUGCUCGGUCCAGGAAAAACCAUGGAUUUUCCUAAUGGUACAGAGGCGUACUGCUCACCUUUAGGAAAAUUACUUUUCCGCAUAGAAGGAGUUAAAGGAGUUUUUUUGGGUCCAGAUUUUAUUACAGUCACAAAGGUUGAUGAAGAUAUUGAUUGGAAGGUUCUGAAACCAGAAAUCUUUGCGACAAUCAUGGACUUUUUUGCCAGUGGUCUGCCUGUAAUUAAUGAGUCAGCUCAGAAGCCCUCUGACACAGAAAUAGCUGAAGAUGAUGACGAAACAGUGCAAAUGAUAAAAGAACUACUUGAUACUCGAAUCAGACCCACUGUACAAGAGGAUGGUGGUGACAUCUUAUUUAUGGGUUUCAAGGAUGGUAUAGUCAGCCUGAAAAUGCAAGGUUCUUGUUCAUCUUGCCCUAGUUCUGUUGUUACCCUUAAAAACGGUGUUCAGAACAUGCUACAGUUUUACAUACCAGAAGUAGUUUCCGUUGAAGAGGUGACAAAUGACGACAUGGAAAUUAUGACUAAAUAUGAGUUCCAAAAACUGGAAAGAAAACUACAAGGCAAAGAGAAUGAGGAGAAUUCCACUAAAUAGUCAAUCAUGUCAUCUUUUUCGUUUAUUAUGUAUAAAUGGUCUUUGUUACAACUUC